CUCUCGAAGGGGCGGAGCCACUCCUCCGUGAUGAUGAGGUACGUCAUCUUGCUCUCGCGUUGUUUGAAAACAGCAUGGCUGCUUCGGUGCUUCGGUGGCGCGGCUGGUCUGCAGCCAGACGAAAGGUUGCUUUGUUUUUGGCUCAGUCAUCUGGAGGAACCAGGCGCAAAUCCUCCAUACAGUAUGUGAGCCGAGCAGACCUGCCCAAGCUGGCCUAUCAGAAGGUGACGGGGAAGGCCCCAGGCGUGGUCUUCCUCCCUGGCUUCGCCUCCACCAUGGCAGGACAGAAGGCUGAAGCUCUGCAGGAGUUCUGUAGGUCCUUGGGCCACUCCUACCUGAGGUUUGAUUACACUGGCUGCGGCACAUCCGAGGGCCAGUGGACGGAGUGUACGCUGGGUACCUGGAAGAAGGACGUGCUGUUUGUGUUGGACGAGCUUGUGGAGGGACCACAGAUCCUUGUUGGCUCUAGCUUGGGUGGCUGGCUUAUGCUUCUGGCAGCCAUUGCAAGGCCUGAGAAGGUCGCCGCCCUAGUGGGCGUUGGCACUGCGGCGGACCACUUUGUCACAGCCUUCAAAGCCCUUCCUCUGGAGGUGAAGAAGGAGGCGGAAGAGAAGGGGGAGUGGACACUAACAACCAAAUACAAUGAAGAAGGUGUCUACAGAAUCAGCAUGGACUUCAUCCGAGAAGCGGAGAACCACUGCAUCCUGCAGGGCCCAAUCCCAGUGACCUGCCCUGUGCGGCUGCUCCACGGGCUCAAGGACCAGGAUGUGCCCUGGCACGUAUCCAUGCAGGUGGCCGAGCGUGUGCUGAGCACUGAUGUGGAUGUCAUUUUGCGUAAAGAGGGACAGCACCGUCUGUCUGAGAAGGACGACAUCAAGCUGAUCGUGUACACAAUCGACGACCUCAUUGACAAGCUCACUACACUGGUGUGAGUGCGGCUGCACCGCAUAGCUGCCUGCACACUGUGAUGGAUGGAAUGCUUCUCUGAUCUAGUCCCAGAAACACUUAUUCCCAUUGACUCUGUGCUGCAAACACAUUAGUAUUUGCAUACAAAGCUGCUGUCGUCUUUCAGAAUGCCCGUCUCCUAAAGGUAUUCCCCGGUCAGUAACCAGAUUCCACCAUGUGCCUUUUAACGUUGCUUUUCACCCGAUGUGCCCUGAUUCUUUCUUUAAUAAACUCACUCUCUCUCAUGUAUGUUUCCUGAACGUCUGCAAUCCUAGACUCUGCUUACUUACCUAAGUGUUUCAUUUAUGCUUGACUGUCUGUCUGAUAUUUGCAGAUAAGUUUUGCUGUACUGUUAACUUCAGGUUAAGAACAACGUUUCUGGUAAAAUAUCUGUAUAAAAGGGAAAAAUGUUGCCCUGGAUAAAAGUGUGUAUGAACUUUGUGAGUGAACUGCCAACACGAAGAUGUUACAAGUGCACAUGGUAGGCAGCACGGAGUGGCUCACUGUGCUUUAUCUAAGGAUUAAGGAGUGCUUUGAAGGUCUAGAUGCUGAACAGGCCAUCAAAAAGCACUCUGCAAGUUCUCUGAAGUUUUUCUUACAAUGCCACAUGGAUGUUCAGAGGAACCAGCAGUGCAGAGGACCAUGCAACUUUGGCUUCUAGAUCCUUUGGUUUUGGUUUCAUAAGCCCAGUACAGACCCUUUUUCCUUACAUGUCUCAUCCUUAAAUUCGGUGUUAAGUAGAAGUCCUCAAGUUACAGUUGGUUCAUUAAUACUCCCCAGUGUUUAUAUCAUGGAUGUAGUUAUCAUUCCUGUAAUACGACCCCACAGCCCGUGUGGUUCGUGAGUCUUUGAGUGGUUGCUGUCUCUGGCCUUCCAAACCAAAGCAUGCUGGGAAAUGUCUACAAUCCAGGUAAUCAUUUGGGUUGCUAAUAAAAGUUUACACUUUUUGUUUAA